AUGCUUGCAGGGAUCGCAUUCCAGCUGUGGCUGACUUCCCUUCAAGAUGUGGAUGUAUUUGGAACUAUACAGAGACGCGCCGUCAGCAACGUAGUACGAGUGCUCGGCUAUACACCUAGUAAACCUGCCGCUAUCGUCGCCGUUGUUGUAUACCUUACGUGCGCUGUAUGCUUCUUUUGGCACGUCUUCAAGCGAAGAGAUUGGUGGGCACUCUGUUUACCUAUUGGUUCCACCGCAAUGGGUCUUGGAUUCAUUCUUCGUGUUAUGCUGAAUAACCCUGCUCACCAGAAACGCGGGCCAUUCGUCUCUGAAGAAAUUUUGACUGCCUGCUCUCCUGCAACAUUCCUAGCAUUCAAUUACAUCGUCCACGGUCGACUUCUUGGGAGGUGCAUGGGAAAACGACAUAGUUACAUUCCCCCCAACUAUGUUUCAUGGUUCUUCAUCUUCAGCGAUGUCUUUACCUUCAUCGUUCAGGCUGCAGGUACUGCCAUGUUUACAAAGACCUCUACCCUUAACACAGGAAAGACGGUCUUUCAAGUUGGAGUUAUUCUCCAAUCUGCAUCCUAUUACAUGUUCUUCAUCUUGUACUUCUUAUCUUGGAGGAGCUGUCGCAAAGAAGGCAUUGCAACCGGUCACGAAGCCUGGUGGAAGAUCUACAAAUUAUUAGGAGUGUCUUCAUUCUUCAUUACCGUCCGAACUAUAUUCCGUAUCGCCGAGUCCUGCUCUGACCCAGGAACUGCUAUCCGUACUCGCGAAGUUUAUCUCUAUGUUUUCGACACCCUUCCUCUAUUCCUGGCAAUCGUGGGCUACAUUUUCUAUUGGCCCGGCCCUUAUCUCGAUCGUGAUUCGAUAGCAGAAGCAGUACCGAUGGAGAAAGUCAGAACCUCUUCAGUAUAA